AUGGCAGCCACAUGCAGGUCAUGGUAUGGCAUCUUUGUGUUAAUUGUCAUGGCAUCAUAUACUAUGGCCUAUCCAAGUGCUCCUGGUGCUUGUGAUGUAGAGCUAAUGGCCACUCAGGGCCAUGGUCCUUCUCAGAGUACUUGCGAUCAAUGCUAUACAAUCAAUAUCAUCCCAAUCACAUCACCUAAUUCAUUGCUUACAGUUCAGAUUACUGGCCCUGUCAAGUACCAAGGGAUAUUGCUACAAGUUAAAAAUGAACUCAACCAAACCGUCGGUAUGUUUACAGACUAUAGCGAUUCCGAUUUUGCGCCGGUCGCAUGUGAUGAUGAAGCUGGAGACGAAAACUUUGGUGUACUUGGGCAUUCCAACCCAAGUCCAAAGUCAUGGCCUUUUAAUGUAGGCUGGACAAUUGAGACGAUACAAUCAAAAACCCAGUUGCGAGUCCAGGGCAUGGUUGUGAUCGAUUAUGACAACUACCAUGUAUUACCAGAAACGCCUUUUAAAAUUAAGAGAGUUCCCACUAUCUCUAAACCUACUACUUCAACAUUGGAUACUUCAACAGUCUUGGAAGAUUUACCUACCAAAGACAAAAAUUAUCCUACUCUCAUUGAUAAAGAAGACCCAUUUGUUACAUUGCACACACCUACUCCCACAUUGAUUGUCGAAGCUCCUCAAUUCGUGAAGCCAAAGCAACCAAACCAAUUAUUCUUCCAAGUUCUAUGUCUUGUCUUUGGCAUGUACCUUAUUAUGUCUUUUGGACGUUGUCAAUAUCGACGUAAAAAACGCUCUUUAACCACAUCUAGUGUUGAUCAAGAAGCUCAACAAUCACUUGUUUCCAAAUACGCAUAG